CACACGUAAUGAGUGGGAGCCACCACACUUUCUGCUUUAGCAGGCGCUUUCACUCGGAGACUCGAGGAGCCUUUCUUGAGCCAGAGCGAAAACUUGCCUGCGUUUGUUCCUUCUGACAGCGGGACGUUUUGCUAGGAUCUAGAAACAGUCCUGCCGUUGCAAUCGCACACCCAGUGAAACUAUGUAGAGAUGGAGUUCGUGAAACUGAUCGCAGCUGUUUUGGCAGUUUGUUUCCAUCCCUGCUGCACAUCAAGCGCGUUCGGUGAUCACAGGAUAUGCCGGAGAGGGACAGAGAAGCCCUGCUAUAAGAUCACAAGCUUCCAGGACAUCGGGCUCAGAGCAAGCUUUGAGGCAGCCAGACAGAAAUGCAGGGAGGAAGAUGGAGAGCUGCUCAGCAUUGAGACUGAGAAUGAGCAGCGUCUGGUGGAGAGAUUUGUUCAGGAGUUCAGGGCUUCUGAUGGAGACUUCUGGAUUGGGUUACGAAGAAGCCCUCAAUAUAAUGCUGAUUGUUCAUCACAGUAUUACUGGUUGGAUUACAGUCAGGCCAAGUUCAGGAACUGGCUGGUGACAGAGCCCUCGUGUGGCCUUGAUCAGUGUGUGGCGUUAUUCUACAGGCCCUCAUCUUCUGCUGGCCAGAAGGAGCACAACCUGUUCAAGUGGACAGACUACAACUGCAAUUCCAAGAAUAAUUUCAUCUGCAAGUACUCGGACGAGAAGCAUCCUGUCCCCACUCCAGCAGGAAAUAUCACUACACUCACAGGUACUGAUGAGCUGACUCUGGUGCCAAAGCAGCUGCCUAUUACAGUGGACAAUGACAGGAUAAAAACUGAACUCUCUGAGUCAUCAGAUGACACUAAUAUUUACUACAUCCUCCUCGCCACUCUGCCUGUAAUGCUGCUGUUGAUAUUGGUGGUGUCAGGGGUUUUCUGUUUCAGAGUCAUGUCGAGGAGGAGGAAAGAGCAGAAUGAAAUCUAUGCUGUGCCAGGACAGUGGGUGCGUCCAGUAGCUCUGAAAAGUCCGAAUGAUUAUAAACACACUAAUAAAUCCAACCACUCUGGAGAUCAUCUGGAGUACAUGAGCUCUGAAAUUAACAGAACAUUUAGUGUGACGUCCACAAUCAGUCAGUUUGAGGACUACGAGAACGUCCCGAGCCGCCCCACGCAGUGCGGUUUUGUCACAAAUGACAUCUACGAGACAUGCCGGAGCUCCUCGGUGGUAGAGGCCGGAUGGGUGGACAAUGACAUCUAUGGAUACUAAAAGACUAUACAAUGUGUAUACUGAGUGGUAAAUUCUAGCCCACUAGUGUGACCAGCUCUUCCACUAUGUCUGCUCUUUGAUGUGCACUAUGUGACCCGGUGGGGGGGCAAGUGGGGGUCUAAUGCAUGGGGUGUACAGAUUCCCAUAACUGACUAUACAAAGAAGCAUAAAGGUGUCAUCGGCUUGUGAGAGCUUCCGCUGUGGAAGCUGGCAUCCUGGCACGGGACCUUCAAUUUGGACAUUCACAAAACAGUGCGCUGACCUCUCAGUCCAUCUCAACAACAUCCUUCUGUGUCUCUGAGAGUGGCCUCUCUAAAGGAUACAUACUGGUUUUUAAUGACUGGGUAGUUGCUUUGUAAGCUCUUUUGUGUAUAAACUGAAUUAAAGGAUUUAUACGUAUAAAACAUUGUAACAUAUUGAAUGUAUUUUGCUUUGGGGUAUCAAAUUAUGAGCAGAAAGAUAAAUAUUUUUGUUGUAUUUAGAUUGUAAAUGAUAUUUUGUCUAUCCUUAUAAUAAUAAUAAUAAUAUCCUUUUAUCAUUCUUAAGCACAGAAUAGCUUUUAAUUAAUGUAUUUUUGUUUAAUCAGCAUUGUCCGCACACUCCUGGACAACCUGGAAAUGUCUUGGAAAUUUAUAAUAAGGCCUGGAACAGUGAAUACACAUUUUACUAGUAAUGGUUAUAUAUUAACCAAUUGGUAAGAACUUGACUGCAAAAGUCUUGGGAGUGGCCUGACCUUGACACAAUGUAACUCUAACACAUGCUUUUAUUUAAUUGUACUUGAUAAUACGGAUUUGAAUAAACGUUUUUGAAAUCUCA